AUGGCUCUGAAGGCACAGUAUCCAUUUCAUUGCAUUCAAUACGCUAGUGGUGUUAUUGUUGCGUCAGCAGGGCCCAAGCUCUACUCUUUCUCUGCCACUGACGGUCGUAAGCUUUCAACAUGGCCCGAAAGCAAGACUAGUAUCUCUGGAGAAGCAGCUGCAAACGACCCAGCCGAGGGCAGUGAUGGACCGCCAGAGAAGAAAAGGAAGAUCUCACCAGCUGACACCGCGAAGGGUGAUCAUGAUGAAAACCAGGCUAUUGUCACCACAGCUUGGUCAUCCAUCCCCAUCUUGAUUACGUCCCCAACAGGCCGGCACGUAGUUGCUGUAACUGCGGAGGACAAAUAUAUUCGAGUCUUCGAUAUCAACUCAGAGGGAGUACUGUCGCAAUUAAAUGCGAGACCGGCGCCUAGGAAACCAUGUGGGCUUACAUUUUCACUUGACGGCAACACAAUCAUCUGUGCCGAUAAAGGUGGAGAUGUCUACAGUAUACCUUUACUCGGUAGUGAGGAGGAUUUUAUACUACCGUCUCGUCCGAAAAAACAGUUUAAAGUUACUGCAAACACUUCAGUUGUGCAUUCGAAAAGAAACUUGGAGUCUCUACGCCAACAACUACGCCAGGUGGAGAGGGGCGACGUUAAGACCAAAUCCGGCCCGAUCAUUAAAAGGGAUGUGCUUCUUGGACACGUCUCUAUGCUCACGGAUAUAACUGUUGCUUGCUUACCAUCGAGCACAUCUUCCAGUGCCUACUGGUAUAUACUGACGGCAGACCGCGAUGAGCAAGUACGAGUCUCGCGAGGUUCGCCUCAAACACACGUCGUUGAAGCCUACUGUCUGGGUCAUGAAUCUUUUAUUAGUAAACUCUGUGUUCCAGCUACUUUGCAGCACCUUCUUGUUUCCGGAGGUGGGGACGAUUAUCUUUUUGUUUGGGAUUGGAGAAACGGUCAGCUCUUGCAUAAAAUCAACAUCGCUGCAGAGCAAGGAAAGAACCAGACUGUUGUCAGAGGCAUAUGGGCGACUAGACUUGCAAAUACAUCAUCUGCUGCUAUCUUUGUGGCUCUUGAUGGGUCGCGCGAACUCUUGAGCUUUUUGCUGUCCAAUGACGGAAAGAUUACUGCCCAAAGUUCUCUCCAAGCCUCGGGAAACAUCUUGGACUUGGCUUGCAACGAUGAGAAUGGCACCAUCUUCGUCUCGGUUGAUUCCUGCCAUGAACCUGGCUCAACUAAAGCCUGGAAGAAUAAUUUCGACAGUGCUGCUCAAAUGCUGAUUCAAGGUUAUGGAGUGGGGGUCAGGGAUGGGAAAUUGGCCUUUGAGCCUACAGCAGGUCAAGUGGUAGACAGCAUCAAUGCGCAGGGCACAGAAGAAGUCCUUGCAGGCGUGGAUGAGUCCGCCUGGGCAAAGACUCAGAAGUCGUUGAGUGAAAAUGUCGAGCGGCCGCCAAUAUGGGUGAUGAGACAAGCUGGACGAUACCUACCUGAGUAUCACGAAGCAAAAGGCAACCGCGAUUUCUUCGAAUGCUGUCGAUCGCCGGAAAUUGCAUCUACACUCACUCUCCAACCCAUUGAACGCUUUGAGGGGCUUAUCGAUGCGGCCAUCAUCUUCUCGGAUAUCCUCGUUAUCCCGCAAGCCAUGGGUAUGACCGUAGAAAUGAUCGAUAAGAAGGGACCUUCUUUUCCGGAACCCUUGAUUUCCCCGGAUGAUGGACAAUAUGAGAAAAUCUUGAACAAGGUGGUUGACGUGAAGAAAGAGUUGGAUUACGUCUACAAGGCCAUUACUGUGACCAGAUUCAAGCUAAAAGGGCGGGUCCCUCUCAUUGGAUUUUGUGGUGCGCCGUGGACUUUGCUUUGCUAUAUGGUUGAAGGUGGUGGGACAAAGCUAUUCAUUCAAUCUAAAAAAUGGAUUUACAAGUAUCCCAACGAAAGCAAGGCGAUGUUACAGAAGAUUGCGGAACUCUGCGUCGAAUACCUUGCGUUGCAGGUCGCUGCCGGUGCGCAACUAGUUCAAGUAUUCGAUUCUUGGGCAGGGGAAUUGUCACCGGCAACAUUCAAGGAGUUCUCAUUGCCUUACCUUCGUUAUAUAUCCCAUCAUCUACCGAAGCGUCUGCAAGAGCUCAAGUUGGAUCCGGUUCCCAUGACUGUCUUCGCCAAGGGCGCCUGGUAUGCACUCGAUGAACUUUGCACAAGCGGAUAUAACGUGGUUGGAUUGGAUUGGUUGCAUGAUCCGGCUGAAGCAUUCAAGAUUGCUGGCGGCCGCGUAACUCUGCAGGGUAAUGCUGACCCUGGUAUUCUGUACGGUGAUCAUACUGCUAUCACAAAAACGGUUGAAAAUAUGGUGAAAGGCUUUGGCGGAGGCAAGAAAGGUUGGAUCGCAAACUUGGGUCAUGGUAUAACCCCCUUUGUCAAUCCAGACGAUCUUCGGUUUUUUUUCGAGGAGAUUCAUAGGCUAUCUCGGUGA